AUGGAUCCCAACAACAAUCGCCUUCAUCUGAACUUCGGGUACAAUGACCGUGCCUUCAGUCCCGCCACCAACAAUCGCGCAUACCCGACCACCCCCUCCGCGUUUCCCCAGCCGAUCUACCAGAAUCAGGGUCCCCAGGACUACGUGGAAGCUCAGAAUGGUGCCUAUGGUCAGGGUUAUUUCAUGGCGAAUCCCUAUCCUCCCCAGGCCGCCUACGCUCAGCAGCACUAUGGCCAGCCCAACCUGCAGUCCCCGCCGCCUUCCUAUCAGUCGCGCAUGGCAUACAAUGAUGGCACCAAUGGCCUGAUCCAGCAGUUCUCCAACCAGGACUUGAACUCUACGCGUACUGGUUUCUUCGGUCGCUCGGGCUCUCCCGCUCAACGUCCCCGUACUGCUGGAUCGCCUGCCCCCGGUCAACCCCAGCCUGGUCAUUUGGCCCCUCCCAUGCCACGCAGCCCGCGAACUCCCGCCGAGAAUGAAGAAUUGCAGCGCUGCCCCGAGCGGUUCUCCGAGAACAUUCACAAGCGUGGCAAGGCCGCGAAGGAGCUGGUCAAUGUAUUCUUCCAUGAGAACAUCGAACGUGCCCGUGACCGCAAUAUGCGCUCUGCCGAACUUGACAAGAUGAUCCGGGAACCGGCUAUCCCCAAGGAGAAGAAGCGUCAGGAGGCCGAGGUGGCUGCAAAGAAAGAAUCCAACUUCCUUCGGUUCCUCCGGACAAAGGAGACCCCGCAGAAUUUCCAGACCAUCAAGGUGAUCGGCAAGGGUGCUUUCGGUGAAGUGAAGCUUGUGCAGAGGAAGACCGAUGGCAAGAUUUACGCUCUGAAGUCUUUGAUCAAGACCGAGAUGUUCAAGAAGGACCAGCUGGCUCACGUCCGUGCUGAGCGUGAUAUUCUCGCCGAUUCGAAGGACAACCCGUGGCUCGUCAAGCUGCAUGCCUCAUUCCAAGACUCUGCUUAUCUCUACCUGCUAAUGGAGUUCCUUCCCGGUGGUGAUUUGAUGACCAUGCUGAUCAAGUACGAAAUUUUCUCGGAGGACAUUACUCGUUUCUAUAUGGCAGAAAUUGUCAUGGCGAUUGAAGCCGUCCACAAGCUUGGCUUCCUUCAUCGUGAUAUCAAACCUGACAACAUUCUCCUGGAUCGCGGUGGUCACGUCAAGCUGACUGACUUCGGUCUUUCCACUGGUGGCAAGAAGACCCACGACAACUCCUAUUAUCAGAACCUCCUGAAAAACUCCACGUCCAAGGACAAGAACCGCAACUCUGGAUACUUCAACGAUGCGAUCAAUCUGACCGUGUCCAACCGUGGACAGAUCAACACCUGGAGAAAGUCCCGCCGUGCGAUGGCCUACUCGACCGUCGGUACUCCUGAUUACAUUGCCCCUGAGAUCUUCAAUGGACAGGGUUAUACCUACCUCUGUGAUUGGUGGUCGGUCGGUGCCAUCAUGUUUGAAUGUCUUGUGGGCUGGCCUCCCUUCUGCGCGGAAGAUACCACCGAUACCUACAGGAAGAUCGUCAACUGGCGCGAAUGCCUCUAUUUCCCCGAGGAGCUCACCUUGUCUCGCGAUUCGGAGUCUCUGAUCAGAAGCUUCCUGUGCGACCCUGAACACCGUAUCGGUAACGAGGGCGGUCAGUUCGGCGGCGCGACCCAGAUCAAGAACCAUCCGUUCUUCCGUGGCGUUGUUUGGGAACAGCUUCGCAGCAUUCGUGCUCCCUUUGAGCCCAGACUCAGCUCCAACAUUGACGUCUCCUACUUCCCCAUCGACGAGAUUCCUCAGGAAGACACCAGCGCUAUUCACCGUGCGCAGGCUCGUGCCAUGCCUGACGAACAAGAGGCUGAGAUGAGUCUACCGUUCAUUGGGUACACGUACAAAGCUUUCAACGCCUUCCAGGGGAACUAG